AUGUUGCCAUAUGGUUUAGGAAGCAGAGUAGGUGGUGGCCCCAUCGGUGCAGGACCCAGUGCUAGCAUUGGUUAUUCAUAUGGUUUGGGAGGCAGUGUAGGCGGUGGUCCGAUCGGUGCCGGACCAGGAGCUGGAAUCGGUUAUCCAUUCGGUUUAGGAAGCAGUGGAGGUGUUGGCCCCAUCGGUGCAGGACCAGGAGCUGGAAUUGGUUAUCGUAAUGGUUUGGGAAGCAGUGUAGGUGGUGACCCCAUCGGUGCCGGACCAGGAGCUGGAAUUGGUUAUCCAUUCGGUUUAGGAAGCAGUGGAGGUGGUGGCCCCAUUGAUGCAGGACCAGGAGCUGGAAUUGGUUUUCCAUAUGGUUUGGGAAGCAGUGUAGGUGGUGGCCCCAUUGGUGCAGGACCAGGAGCUGGAAUUGGUUAUCGUAAUGGUUUGGGAAGCAGUGUAGGUAGUGACCCCAUCGGUGCAGGACUAGGAACUGGAAUUGGUAGGACAUACAGGUUUGGAGGUAGUGUUGAUUCAGGGGGAUAUGGAUCAGGUAGAGGAAUGGCAUAUCAAGGAUCUUUCUUGUUUUAUGUUGUAAAUAAAUGA